AUGUUUGAGAAGGUGAUGUCGAGCUUUCGGAGUCUCAUGGAUCCCCCACUGUUUGCUCGCUAUAUGAUUUGUUUGAAAACAUUUCUGGAUUCUUUGGUGGAGGAGGCCUCUUUGCGAUCUGCCAAAUCCAUCCCAAGUCUCGAGAAAUAUCAGUUGCUCCGGAGAGGGACAGUUUUCGUUGAAGGAGCCGGAGGCAUUAUGUGUGAGUUUUGCAUGGAUCUCAAGCUGGAUAAGGGUAUGGUUGAAUCUCCAGAUUUUGUAGCAUUUGUCAACGCAGUGGCUGAUCAUGUUCUCUUCUCCUUCCGACACGAGAUGAAAAUCAAGUGCUUCCACAACUAUCUCUGUGUCAUCUUUUGCCACAGCCCGAAUAAUGCAAGCUUUCAAGAGGCUGUCGACAAAGUAUGCAAAAUGAUCCAGGAGACCGAAGCCAAGAUCCUUCAACUCCAAAAGAAGCUGAUGAAGAUGGGCGAGGAAACUGGGAACAAAGACCUGGUGGACUAUGCAACAUGGUAUCCUUGUUUUACAUCUGGACAUCUCCGCUGGGUGUAUGUCACAGGACGCUACCAUGGGCUUGACAAUCCGCUGCUGAACGCCAUCUGGAGCCAUGGCAAACGUCUAUUCGAGUGUCGAGAGGCUGGUGGCCAAAGAGCUGCUCACGAAUCUACGGCUCCACCGUCUUCCACUGGUGAUGCAACAACUCAAAAUGUUAAAGGUGGAUCGGGAGCCACGAGCUACUUUCGCGAUGGAAGGCGAUGA